AUGACUGCUCUCCCUUUCAAGAACCUCACUCUCUCUCUCCUCACCCUCUCUCUCUUUCUCCACUCCACCACCUCACUUCCGGCCACCACCACCAUCGGCGUCACCUACACACCAUCCCCCAACCUUCCACCACCUGAACAAGUCGCCACCGCCCUCCAAUCCCUUCACAUUUCCGCCGUCAGCCUCCCCUCCCCCACUCCCGAGGUGGUCCGCGCCUUCUCCUACUCCAACAUCUCUCUCCUUCUCUCCAUCCCCAACCACCUCAUCUCCUCCUUCGCCACCAAUCGCUCCGCCGCCUCCCUCUGGCUCUACACCCAUGUUGUCCCCUUCUACCCUCGCUCCCACAUCUCCACCAUCUCCGUCGGCAAUGAUGCCAUCUCUACAUCAUCCUCCUACCCUACCGAUCUCCUUCCGGCUAUGAGAAACGUCCACCUCUCUCUCCGAGACCUCGGCAUCAAGAACGUCGCCGUUUCGACCACGUUCUCUUUCAUUGACGUAAUGACGACGUCGUUUCCACCAUCGUCGGCAGAGUUUCAAGAACCCAUCCACGAACUCGUCCUCAGGCCUCUCCUCCAGUUCUUGGAAGAAACCAACUCAUCCUUCUUGAUCAAGCUCUACCCCUACAAUGUCUUCAAGCUCAACUCCGAAGUCCCACUUGGGUAUGCUCUGUUUCAGGAAAAUCCUUUCAACUUUCGCGACGAUGACUUGACCGGCGUCCGGUACCGGAACUUGUUUGACAUGAUGGUGGACGCUGUUAUUGCGGCAAUGGCUGUUUCGGGUCACGAAAACAUUCCAUUGAUCGUUACUGAGACCGGGUGGCCGUGCUCCAGCGACCCUAAUGAAGCUCAGGCUUACACUGAGAUGUACCUUAAAGGGUUGAUUUCGCAUCUUCGAUCAGGACUUGGAACGCCACUGAGGAAGGAAGGGGUGGCUCAGACUUACAUAUAUCAGUUAUUUGAUGAUGGAGAUGUUAAGAAUGGGAGUGAAAGAGACCCACAUUGGGGGAUUCUAUAUCCGAAUUUGACGAUGAAAUACCAUAUUGCCUUUUCAGAUUCAGAGAGGGUUCAUGGCAAUAGAGGUCGGAUAGGGAUGAUACUGGGGUUGUUGCUUGGUGUUUUGCUGCUCCAGUAG